AGAACUGGCCGGCCUGGGCGGGUCACUGGGCUGGGCCUGAGUGGGUGUGUGCGGAGGGCGGAGACUUGAUGCAAUUAGUAGGAGAAAUGCUCUGAUGCGGCGGUCCACCUACCCGCGGGCCCACAGGACAAAACAUAUAUAAAGCCUCGUGCCCGGAGCCAUCACGCCGUCGGAGCAGCAGCUCUGCGCGCCCCGCGCCGCAAGCGCCCAGGUACCUGGUAGGCUACUGCUACUCCGCGCCAGCCCUACGCCUACCAUUCGCGUCCCCGCUGCAUCGCAGUCUCCGCGCCCCCUUUGUAGCCGCGCCUCACACCUCCCGAGGUGCCAUGUGGAGGGCGCAGAAAGGACGUGCGGUGGCCCGAGCCGUGGUCUUGGCCACUCUGUGCCUGGCCGUGGCUGGGCGUCCCCUGAUCCGGCGAUCUCUGUCGGAUGAAGGGCCGCUCUAUAUCUACGGCUGGAGCAAAACCAUCCGCGUGCAGUACCUGUAUGUGGCUGGUCCCCACAUCUCCAACUGCUUCCUGUAUGUCCGGAGCGAUGGAUUUGUGGGUUGCGAGGACGACCAGAAUAAACGAAGUUUGCUGGAGUUUCGCUCUGUGUCUCUGAAGACGAUUGCCAUCAAGGACGUCAGCAGCGUGCGGCACCUCUGCAUGGGGCCGGACGGCAAGAUACGGGGACUGGUUCGUUACUCGGAGGAAGACUGUACCUUCAGCGAGGAACUGGACUGUUUAGGCUUCAAUCAGUACAAGUCCCCAAAGCACCACCUCCACGUCGUCCUCAUCAGGGAUGAGGCCGGUCAGCAGCGCCAGAACCAGAAACCCUCAAACUUUAUCCCUGUGCUCCCCCAGUACUUCCAUGAAGCCAAGGCCCAGCUGGAGUCUCAGUUGCUUUCUUGGAACCUGAAAACUGACAACAUGGAUCCAUUUGGGAUGAUGGGUGGCUCAGAGGUGGUGAAGAGCCCCAGCUUCCAGAGUUAAAUGGGUUCUGAUAGUAUAUAGAAAACCCCAAGAUCCCAUGAACUUCCCAUUAGAAACUUGUACAUAUUCUUUUUUUU